CUGGUCCCCCGGGGAACUCGCCCCAGCAUCCUCAGGGCGUGCCAUGACUCUUCUUGGAGAUGUGGAUGGGCAGAAGCCCCGCAAUUAAAACUUGACACGGCUUGAAAUCUUGUGCUAGAUGCCCGGGUGAAUUUGGGGCUUUCACUUGGCGCUGGUCACAUUUUUGAUUGUGAGAGCUGAAGACUAGAGUGGGUUUCCCAUUGAAGCAAACAGGAGUCGGGGCCUCUUUGGCCCUCUAGUGGAGAAGCUUCCGCUUUGGCGCGCUUUGGUGCGUGAGCAUCUACCGGUGUUUCCUCCUGCCUGUGCUCAGAGGCGCCGCCGCCUCUGAUGUUACGGGAGAGAAACGUAAUCGGUGCGCGCUGUGACGCCAGCCCGUAGCAACAAAAGCUCGCCUGUCCGAGCGGGCCGCGGCUGUUGCUGCGGAGUCCUGGCAACGUCCAGGACGCGUGUUGUGGCUUCGAGCUUGCCGCCGCCGCCGCCGCCGCCAGGUGCGAGGCGAAGCUGUGGGCAUCAGUCGGGGAGUGUUUUGCAUUCUUCUUCUCGCAGAGAACAGGAUGGGUACCAUGGCCCAUGAGCCUGCUCCCUGCACCAUCAAAAGUCCAGUGAUGCUGCAAGUGGGAGAUGUGAGGACUGAGCUAAGUCGGCCUGGUGUUGCAGUGAUGGAUGUUGUGCUUCCACACUCACAGACUGUUGAUUUGCAGGAGAUUGUGUUCAAGAACUACUACACCGCGUUUUUGACUUUACGAGUGCUGCGCCGAAGCCCUGCAGAUCAUGGAAAUGAAAGCCCUUCCAAGUGGGUUACCUGCCUCCGGAAUUAUUGCUUGAUGCCCAACCCACACACAGAGGAAGGCUCCCAGAACUACUACUCGCUCUGCAGGCAUCAGAUGCUUUGUGAUGUGGACAGGGUGGUUGCCAUGCGUUUGAUUCUGCGCCAGCCUUCUCCAGUGUGGGUGCAUUUCAGCAUUGAAGAGCUGCGGCUCAUCCCUAGGGAUCAGAAGAGCCCACAAAAAGGCCUUCCGGCCUGGCUUUCUCACCCAUCUCCUCAGGAACGACCAAGAAGCCUACAUGAUAGACUCCCUGAUGCUGACAAAGUAUCUUCUGAAGUGCAACAAAUGUGGGUCCUAACUGAGAUGCUCCAAGCCAGCCAGCCAGCCGCACGGAUUGGGCGCUUUGAUGUGGAUGGCUCCUAUGAGCUUAACCUCCUUUCCUACACUUGAGUUCUUCCUGGGCUAGAAGCUGAAAGAUUCUCAAGACCUGAACUCAUAGGUUGCAUCCCUGGAUUGUUGGAAUGGAUCCAUUGUUGGAUCAAACCAGGAAGAAAUCAUGAACUAAGUAUAUUGGUUUCAUCUUCCAGCCCUUUCUGCUGUAUAGCAAUGACCCUUUUGGGAGCUCUCUCAUUUUGCUCUGUUCCUCCAGACAGCUCCUAUGUGAAACCUGGUCUCAUAACCUGCAUUUGCACUGGACCCUGAAGAGCUGGGUUCCUCUUUCCUGGACUGAAGGCGCCUCACUUGUGCUUCCCAUCUCCUCUGCUUUUUCAAACCCUGCUAUUUGGUACAUGUUCCUCUUUUGAGGGCAACAUUGAAACAUCCUCUUCAUUAAGGAUUCAGUACUGUGGGGAAAAUAACCUUCAUUUUUUGGCAAGGGAAUAGUCUGAGAAUGACCAGACUGAGGGUGACUUUCUUCCCAAAUCUGGGACUUCCAGUUAUAGGUUCUUCUACUAUGGCUACCUCACUUGCAAAUAUGUAGUGUGGAUUGUUUUUGUUGUUGUUUUUAAGUAAAUGGGUGGCAAAAGGGAAGCUUCUUGGAAACAUAAGUCUCUCUUGCUCUUUAGAAGGAUGUGAAUAGCUUAGUUGAUGAUUAUAUUGGGGCGGGGGAGAGAGAUCUAGCUCUUCCUCAAGAUGGAAUUAGCUUUUUCUGCAAAACAGUGAGGGUCCAGCUUAGAGAGAGUUUGCCCUAAUGAGAACCAGAAAUGCUGCAUGCCAAACUGUAGCUACAUAUUUUCUGCUAAGUUCUGGAGUACUUUGCCAUUUCCGUCAACUACAAACCUAGAGAACUAAGGUAGCAAAAUCACCUUAUGCUAGAAAGUUUGAAUACUAUUGUUCUGAGGGGCUGCUUCUAGAAAACUGAGUUGCAUCACAAAUUACUUGUUAGCCUUGCUAUGUAUGCUUAAAACAUUUCCUUGUUAAUAUCUCUUGACUCCUCAGCUGACGCUUGCAUGGUUGUGUCCAUUUCUACUUACUGAAUUAUUAUUGUAUAUUGAGGGUGAAAGCUGGAGUGAAUACAUGAUUAUGGUCAAGAUCUGGGUUCAUAUUCCCAAUGAAGAACCCACCACGCUGGCUGAUGGCUCAGCAUUGAUCUGUCAGCAGUCUGCAAUUACCCCACAAAGAGCUGUUGUUACUACAAAGAGAACCUCACAGAGUGAUUUAGGUCUAUGUGAGUAGAGCCACCUGGCUCUCCAACAAGUACUGCAUCUUUGUGGUGAGGGACACCUGCAGCAAUAUGUGUGUGAUUUGUAGUUGUCUUAUGAACCAGAAUGUAGAACAAAAGGAACUAUUACAGUAGGAUUCAUAGCUGAUUUUUUGCAAGUGUGUCCGUAUGCUGGACUUUAGAUCUCAGGAGCAGCUUUAGAAUGCUUCCUGUAUUGCUGCGUAGCUUCCUUCCUAUUUAUUAUGAACUAUUUAUGUUCCUUAUUUAUAGCUGGAAAGCACCUUUUUAAUGAUAUUCUUCUUAUCCAUUGCACUAAAUCAGGAUUGAUGUAUCUUUCCCAAUGGAUGUAUAUCCAGUCUAAAUGGGAUCCAGUCUAAAAUAAAUGAUGAUCCAUA